GCGCCCGUCCCGCACCCCCUUUCCCUUCCUGGGUCUGCCCCCGGGUCUCUCCCAGGACGGGGGACGGAGCGAGGGGUCAGAUCGCAAUCGCUGGUUGGACCGGGACCUCCCCACGUGUACCUGCUGGACCUGGCGACCUGGUGUCCGUCCCGGAGAGGGACCGGCAGCUGGGUCCGUGCGGGGCGGGGAGCUGAUUGCAGCCAGAAAGAGUGGCUGCUGCAAGCGCGAGCUCCGUGCCUUUCCCCGGAAACUGAUGCCUAGUUUGUUUGUUUUGUUUUGUUUCAACAGUGUUUCCGCUCCCUGCAAAAAGAAACACAAGCUAGAGCGGGAAGAUGACGAUUGCCCAGUAAGAAAGAAAAGGCUUACUGAAGCAGGGCUCUGUGCUGGUCCUAAUGACUGGAUUCUUUGUGCACAUCAGGAUAUAGAGGGCCAUGGAGUAAGUCCAUGCCCUAGUGGCCUUUCUGCACCUGCCAUGUUAGAUGUGACUUGUGAAGAAAUGGAUCAGACCACUGGAGAACCACAGUGUGACGUUGCCAGAAGGAGGCUUCAGGAAAUUGAGGACAGAAUAAUUGACGAAGAUGAAGAAGUUGAAGCUGACAGAAAUAUUAACCAUCUCCCCAGUCUUGUCCUUUCUGAUGCUAUGAAAACAGGUUUGAAGAGGGAAUUUGAUGAAGUCUUUACAAAGAAAAUGAUUGAGUCCAUGAGCCGUCCUUCCAUGGAGCUUGUGCUCUGGAAACCUCUCCCUGAACUCCUUCCCGAUAAGCCAAAGCCACCAUCUAACGCUAAGAACUACACUAGAGAGAGCCAAGCUAAGCCAGCCGCCGCCGGCACCACCUUCCCUAGGAGAACUGAACUGUUCUUGGAACCUCGGCAAACAGGGCUGCCAAUGUACAAUAGUUUGGAGACAGCUGCUUGCACAGAAGAAGAGAUGGAACUCUAGAAAUGUGUUUCUAUACUAAAGUUGUCAAAUUUUUGAAGGCUCAUGUGUUCAUUCAUGAGCCUGCUUAUACAGCAUAGGGACUUGAAAGUUCUGAAACGGGUGUAAGAACAUCUCCACCUGUGGUUUGGGGAGGGCCUCUCAUUUUGGGUAGCCAUUUCUCAAAUUCAACGUUUUGCCAAGGAAGCUUGCCUCAAGGGAAAAGCUAUUUUCUAGAGGCAUUAUUUUUGUGAGCUUACAGUCUGCACAGGCAAGUAUCGACACUCCGUGUGUAAGGGUGACUUCAAUCAUCUGUCACAUUGUUUAAACCAUUCAGAAACUUGGAGAAUACUGAGACUCUUGAGUUGAAAAAGAUGCAUUAAGAAAAAAGGGUACUGCUACUACAACUGAACCCUGACAGUUGAAUCCCAGCUUAUCUGGAGAUAUGAACUCUGUUUACAGUGGUGACUAUGACUGGGGAGAAGGAGGGAAGAAAGCCGUAGCUCAAGUCUAUUGCUAAGAAAUUUAACGGAGGCUCUGAAACUUGUACAGUAGUUGUCAUUUCAAUGUAGCUAAGUUGAUUAAAUAGCCAGUAGCAUUGUGGCUCACCUCUCUGCCUCUGAAAAUGCAAUGAAAAUAUAAAGAAAAGGUUUUUCCUUUGAGGCUUUUUUGCUCUGUGUUACUGUAGUUCCUGGGAUUCCCUUGCAUAAUUGAUAAACCGAACUAUUCAGUAAUGUUUACAACUUAAUUAACUUGGAUAAUUUAAAAGAUUUUGAGGUAACCCAUGUGCAAAUUGGCUGUGGGAGAAGCACUCUUGGGUAACCCUGAGGAAGUGCUGUGUCAGCUAAGCCCAGGAUUGAUCACUUCAGUAGCUAAAAAAAGGUACCGGUAUGAGCAAGUGGAGUUUUAAAUGUUAAUUUAGAAACAAUGACUGGAUCUUUAACUGAGAACGUAUGGGCAGGCCAUGUUGAGAUUUACUGAAAUAGCCAGUUUGCCUGGUGCUUCAACUAUUCAGUAACCUAAAAGUUGGCAGAGAAGAGUUUCCUGCGAGCAGGCAGGAAGUCUUCAGUUCUCAGACGUAAACCAGCUCAAGGUUUCCUUUGGGGACAACCAAGUUUAAAGUGUUUUACUUCUCAGGAAGAACUUUUCUGUGUGGCAAGGACUCAGUAGUGCACAGUGAAAUGACAGUUCCUUUAAUGCUACAGAAUAUUCACUAUAACUUAUUAAAUGAGUGUAAUAUUGGCCCUUUCCUCACAUAGCAGGAGACCACCUAGUUCUUUCUGUUUUCUGGAUUUCUUCUCCCUUUGUAGGAAUCAAAUACCU